AUGGGAUUAAGCAAUAUUCUUUUUACCUAAGUAUUGAUUUUGAUAUCCGCGCUAUUACUUAGGAUAGAGGCAAUUAAAUACUGUAAUCUAGUGAUUCAGCUCAAUACCACUUAAUUUCAGGAUUACAUAAGAUAUGAUAAAGAUUUGUAGGAACUGCUUAGAAAUGCUGCAGAUUAAACCAUAAAUAUUAAUAGUGGAUUUGAUGCACUAGGUUUCAAAUUUAGCAUUAACUCAUUAUCAUUUAGUUAUGACUAUGCAAACUUUAGCUCAUUUUAUCUGAAAGGAGACCAAGCUACUAACUCAGUUAAAUUGCUGACACCUAAUUUUAACAAGAUAAACAUUACUUUGGAUCAAACCUUUACGUUUUUAGAUUACAAUAUAUAUUCAAGCAAGAUCUUCCUAUAGCUAGAGGGAUUUGAAUUAUUAGCCAAUUUCUCAAUAGAUCCUAAAGAUGAUGAUGCAAAAAUUAAGAGAGGUGCUGAAUUUACCGCUUUUUUAUUUAAGGAAAUUCUUAAGUUAGUGCCAAUCGUUGUAGACUUCUAUAACUACUUUGGAUCUCCUGUGGUUUUAGUUAGUAUGGAUGUCGACUAAUUCCUUGAUUUAAAUUUCGGUUUCAAGCAAAAUUACUUGAACUUGAAGUAUUCAUUCAAAUACAUCAACCCUUUAGUAUUAUUCGAUGAUUUUUAGGUCUUAGGAGAUAUAGUAAGAUUCGGAACAGUUGAUUAUGGCUAUUUGAGUAUGGCUUUUAACAUGCCAGUUCUCACUAUCCUUUCUAAUUGUCCAGAAAUAAUUCUUCAAGAUUUGUUAAACCAAGCAACUAAUAAUAAUUAUUUACAAUUUUGGGGGAGCAAAAGUCAAUACGAUUUCUUUAAUUAUUACUUAUCAACUGGUGGGUCUUUCUACGACAUGUACCCGUAUUUGUUUGCUAAGUAUCGAGAAAGGGAGCUUAGAAUGAGUGUUAAAGUAAAGUCUAUAUAAAUUUAGAGAACUAGUAACACACUUUCAUCAUAUCGCUUGAAUCUAAAUGUUGGAGUCAUUUUCCAGCCAAAUACAUCUCCAUCAACUCCCAAGAGUCCCAUUUUCGAGACCCAAGUGGAGGAAGACAUUACUGGCUCAAUUGAUUUUUCUUAUAAAUUCCUAGACUCACUUCUGUAUUUAACAGUUGACAAUUCUCAAGUAAAGCAAUAUUCCAUUAUUUAUAAUUCUGGGGGAGUAGUGGUUAAUAAUGUGGCUUAAGCUAAUUUGAUCUAAAGAAAUUUGAUAUAUGUAUAAGACAAUCUUUAAGCUAUCUUUGCUAAUAAUAGAUACACAUUUUCCUCUUUUUUACCCAAGGGAUAACUUUUAACUGUUCUAGAGAAAUUUAGUAUUAAAAGUGAGUUAAAUCAAUUCAUGAUAAGAUUGAAAUCUGAUGUUAUUGAAGAUAUCGAAGUUUAAAAGAAAAUAUCUAACAAGCUUGUCCUAAUGGCAACUUAGGAUACUAAGAAUAUGAGUCAUCAUUGCAUUGGAAAUGGAACUUAUAAAUUCCCAGACUAAAUUACUACUACAUCAGUUUAGUUACUAGAAAGAAUAUAUCUAGCUUCUUAAAAUAUGGCUUCAGUUCAAAAUGAAUACUUUUACUGGGGUGAGGGAAGCUGGCGAGCUUUCUAAAUCAUUAUAUCUAACAUAAAGUUAGUUAAAUUGAUAUCAAAGCUUCCAAGAAAUUCUACCACCAAUAAAUUCUAUAUGUAAACAAGAGCAUUCGUUGAAAAUAAAGUAUUUAAUGUAGAUGAGUUGCUUUUCGCUAAGACAAUAAGACAUAAGAAUCAAUGGCACUGGUAUUAAAUAUCAGGUUCAGAUGAUUUAGGCUGGGCUGCUCUAUCUCUCCUCUAUGCUGCUGAUCUUGAUUCAGGCUUUAAAGAUACUUACUUAUCAUAUACAGGACUAAACUAUGAGAAAGGAGUAAGAGAGAUUUUGAAGAAGAUAGAUGAUGUCUACAGAAAUUCAUCUGGAUAUGUUUAUUGGUUUUAGGCAAGAGACCCAUAUUUUGCUUCAAUUACCACAACACUAACUAUCAUACUAAACUAAAGAAUGUACUUACUUACAAAUGAUACCAAAUUUCUUAAUUAAAGUUUAUUCGAUUACCAAUAUUUUGUGGAUAGACCUUAUCUAUUCAACUAAUAUGGAUUAUUAUUAGAUGGCAGGAAUGCAGACGGUACCUACCUGGAUAAUAGUGUAUAUACUUACAAUUAAGGCACUAUGAUAAUGGUCUAUGGUCAUUUCUACUAGAUUUAUAAAGAUUUAAAGUAUUUAAAAUUAGGAAUAAGACAUGCUUAAAAUAUGAUAAAGUAUUUGUCGAAUGAGGAUAUGAUUUUGAUGGAGGGCUAGCCUUGGCCAACCUAUUUCAAAGGUAUCUACUUUAGAUUCCUAGCAGAAUUUACUAUUAUUGCUUAUCCUGUUUUGCCAUAAGAAAUUUAGUGUAUUAGAGAUUAUAUUCUUAGAAACGCAGAUUAUUUAUGGAAUUAUCUGAGGGAUGAGGACAAUUGGUUUCCUAAUGACUAUAUCAAUCCUUUAUAUAGAAAUGUAUUGUCAUAAAACAUGGGAAUUGAGCUAUUAACAGCUGCUUUGGCAGUAAAUGAUCUCACCUAUUGA